ACAGGAUAAGUCAUUCUCACAGCGCUGAAGAAUCUAUCGAUCCAUUUUUCUCCGAACAGAAACGAUCACAGGAUGUUCAGGGUCUUACUGCUCCUGUUGCUCGUGGCUGGUCUCCAUGCAAGCCCACUGCACCGAUUCCCAAAUGGUAAAGUAAAAAGAAAUGGGCUACAAAUGGUCAAAGAUGAACACAGGGAUAACUUGGUUCUGAAGCACAUAAACACUGAUGUGAAACCCAAGAAGCAAGAACCAGUUCCUGUUGAGAUCCGCAGGCAGGGAACAGAACCUUCCAGACGCAUCCUGAUGGACCUGAACACUGGGAUGCUCAAGGAGGAACUCAGCGAAAUGAAUAGAAGAGUUUCCGGCUACUAUAAUCCCCCAGUUUAUGAGAUGAGGAAGGGAACCCAGAAUUCUCACGCUACCCUGGUGGAUCCCAGAACUGGACAACUACUGGAGCCACAAACAGAGCAGCAGAGGAGCACAGCGCCAUUGGGUGAGUUCAGACAAGGCACUGAGUACCAGCCGUACAUCCUACAAGUGCUCAGAUUGAGUGCGAUGUACAAACAAGACACUGAAACUUCCAGAAAACUCCUGAUGGACCUGAAUGCUGGUCUACUCAAAGAACACAGGAAUCAGAUGCACAGGAAAGCAGGCUCAGCUAAAUGGGAAGUGGUUUCCGAUCAUGAAGAUGAAAGAAGCCAAGACUCUUCUGAACAUGAGGAGAACAACAAAGCAGCUCCUGUUGAGAUCCGUAGGCAGGGAACAGAAUUUUCCAGACGCAUCUUGAUCGAUGUGGAGACUGGGAUGCCCAAGGAGGAACUCAGCGAAAUGAACAGAAGAGUUUCCGGCUACUACAAUCCUCCAGCUUAUGAGAUGAGAAAGGGAACCCAGAAUUCUCACGCCACUCUGGUUGAUCCCAGAACUGGACAACUGCUGGGGUCACAAACAGAGCAGCAGAGGAGCACAGCACCACUGGAUGAGUUCAGACAAGGCACUGAGUACCAGCUGUACAUCCUACAGGUGCUCAGAUUGAGUGCGAUGCACAAACCAGGCACUGAAACUUCCAGAAAACUCCUGAUGGACCUAGACAACGGGCUACUAAAAAAACACCAAAAUAAGAUGGACAGGAGAGCAGACUCAGCUAAAUGGGAAGUGGUUUCCGAUCAUGAAGAUGUAAGAAGCCAAGACUCUUCUGAGAAUAAGGACAACCAUAAGGCAGCUCCUGUUGAGAUCCGUAGGCAGGGAACAGAAGCUUCCCAACGCUUCCUGACAGACUCGAACACUGGGAUGCCCAAGGAGGAACUCGGCGAAAAGAACAAAAGAGUUUCUGGCUUGGAUGAGUUCAAACAAGGCACUGAGUACCAGCUGCACACCCUACAGAAGCACAGGAUGUAUGGCAUUAUGAAACAACGUUUAACACAUUUAUGAAAGUCACAGACUCUGUGAGCUUUUCCUUAUCAAUGAACAUUGUCUUUGCUGGCUAAUAAGACAUGAUUAAUUUACAUAACUGUCAUCAUUUGGAACACAUUAGUACUUUCUGCUAUUAUUAAGUUGUAUAAAGCUGCUAAAAUAUAACUGCAGGUCAACAGUCAAUGCUAUUUUGGGCCAAAACCAAAUUUUUUGGUCAUUGUUCCAGAUGAGAGCUGGUGGAUAACCACAUGAAGACCAUCUCAAGAUCUCUGUGUUUUACUAAAGCUGUUGUCAUCAGAUAUGUAACUGCCAAUCUAGUUGACUCUACUGAUGUAUUCAGAGGUUUCAUGCAAUAAAAGU